ACUUUAGUUCUAAGUGGAUGCGAAGUUGAGUGCAACUCCGGGAUAUCAAAACAAUAAAUGAAUGGAGACCGGUGGUAGGUAGGACAGUUCUGUAAGAAAAUAUAGUUUUGAGGGUUGUCCAACUCAUACAAGUGGAUUAACAGCAAGAAAUGGAUUGGAUGGACAGCUCCGACUCGCUAAUGGAAAACAAACAAAUGGAUACUUCGUAGUCUUUGGACUAAUAGCUUUUUUAUUCAAUGGCUUAAACAGAUGCGAAACUCAACAAUUGAUAAAUUCAUCGAUAGCCUACUGUGCGCCUUUACUUUUCAGGCAGUGUGCAUGGUUCACUUCAGUCCAGCUUUUGUAUCCUGUCAUGUGAAGUGACAACAUCUGGAAUGUAAGACUGAUCAUUCUUCAAUUUGAGAAGGAUUUACAAACAGGGAAGACUUUGCAAUAGUUCUCUUGGACUGAACUGGCAUUUUUGUAGAACCAUGGGUAAUAUCGAGAGCGUGGAUGGGCAGUCGGAGAUGAAACAUCAUAUAAUGCCGUUGAAAGUCCCUAUGCCCGACCCGAUGGAGUUGGAGGAAAGAUUUGCCUUAGUUUUGAACUCUAUGAACUUGCCGCCCGACAAAGCCCGACUCCUCAGGCAGUACGACAACGAGAAAAAGUGGGACCUCAUCUGUGACCAAGAGCGCUUCCAGGUGAAAAAUCCGCCACACACGUACAUCCAGAAGCUGCGGGGCUUUCUGGACCCCGGAGUCACACGCAAGAAAUUCCGGAGGCGGGUUCAGGAGUCCACCAAGGUUCUGAGGGAACUGGAGAUAUCACUGAGGACCAACCACAUAGGGUGGGUAAGAGAGUUCCUGAACGAUGAGAAUCGAGGCCUGGACAUCCUGGUGCAGUACCUGUCCUUCGCACAGUGCGCUGUCAUGCUGGACUUCGAGGUCCUGGAGAACGGGGAAGACGGCUCCCUGGACAAGGCCAAGGCCUGGAACCAUAGAGGCUCCAUAGAGGACCUGCACCAGAACGGCACUCAGCCCUUCUGCAACACGCUGGUGCGCUCCGCUCGCCAGUCCGUCCUGCGCUAUGGCACGGUGACCAACAGCCGGACCAUCAAGAACUCCCGUCUGGUGAGCCAGAAGGAUGAUGUGCACGUCUGCAUCAUGUGCUUGCGAGCCAUCAUGAACUACCAGUAUGGUUUCAACCUAGUCAUGUCGCACCCCCACGCCGUCAACGAGAUUGCGCUAAGCCUUCACAAUAAGAGCUCCAGGACAAAGGCGUUGGUGCUGGAGCUCCUGGCUGCUGUGUGCCUGGUGAGAGGGGGGCAUGAGAUCAUCCUCUCCGCCUUCGACAACUUCAAAGAGGUGUGCAAGGAGAAGCAUCGAUUUGAAAAACUAAUGGAGUACUUCCAAAGCGACGAAGGAAACAUCGACUUCAUGGUGGCCUGUAUGCAGUUCAUCAACAUCGUGGUCCACUCGGUGGAGGACAUGAACUUCCGAGUCCACCUGCAGUAUGAGUUCACCAAACUGGGACUCGACGACUACUUGGAGAAAUCCAAGCACACAGAGAGUGACAAGCUGUCGGUGCAGAUCCAGGCCUAUCUGGAUAACGUGUUUGACGUGGGCGGGCUGCUGGAGGAUGCGGAGACCAAGAACGUGGCCCUGGAGAAGGUGGAGGAGCUGGAGGAUCACCUGUCACAUGUGACGGAGAAGCUGCUGGAGGUGGAGAAUGAGACUAUUAUGAAGGUGGCCGAGCUGGAGAAGACGCUGCUGCAGAAAGACAAGGACCUCCACGCCAUACGGGAGACGUAUGAGUCUGCGAGUACGCAGGUGCACACGCUGCGGCGCAUGAUCAACGAGAAGGAGGCGGCGUUCAAGCGGCAGGCCAACAUCGAGAAGCGCCUUCUAGAACUCGAGCAGCAGGGCUCCAUCCGCCUCCGCAAGCAGCCCGACGGAGACAUCUCCAUAGAGACGCUCAUCGCCGGGGGCAGCGGCCCGGGAGGGCCAGGAGGAGGGGGAGGAGGAGGAGGAGGAGGAGGAGGAAUCGGGGUCCCCCUCAGUGAGUUCUUCCCACCCGCGCCCCCUCCAGAGCUCCUGGCCGGUAGCUCGGCCUCCGCCGUGCCCAUGGUGGAGGCAGCACCACCCCCACCGCCUCCCCCGCCACCCCCACCACCUCCUCCACCACUACCAGGGCCCAACCUUCAUGUCCCUCCACCGCCUCCUCCUCUCCUGCUCGACGCCUCCCCAUCCAUGAUCCUCACCACGGGCCUAUCAGCGAUCAGAAUAAAGAAGCCAAUCAAGACCAAGUUCCGCCUCCCGGUCUUCAAUUGGACAGCGCUGAAGCCCAAUCAGAUCAAUGGCACCGUCUUCAACGAGAUCGAUGACGAACGAGUGCUUGAGGAGCUGGAUCUUGAGAGGUUUGAGGAUCUCUUCAAGACCAAAGCGCAGGGUCCCAUCGUGGACUUGACUGCCACCAAGAGCAAGGUGUCCCAGAAGACCCUGAACAAGGUGACACUCCUGGACGCCAACCGCUCCAAGAACCUGGCCAUCACGCUACGCAAAGCCAACAAGAGCACAGAGGAGAUCUGCAAAGCUAUCCAGAUCUUCGACCUGAAGGCCCUCCCGGUAGAUUUUGUGGAGUGCCUGAUGCGCUUCCUGCCGACGGACGCGGAGGUGAAGCUGCUGCGGCAGUACGAGCGCGAGCGGCGGCCGGUGGACCAGCUGGCGGAAGAAGACCGCUUCAUGCUGCACUUUAGCAAGAUCGAGAGACUCACGCAGCGCAUGAACAUCAUCACGUUCGUCGGCAACUUCGCUGAUAAUGUCAACAUGCUGAUGCCGCAACUCAACGCCGUGAUCGCAGCAUCAGCAUCAGUCAAGUCCUCGCCCAAACUCAAGAGGAUGCUUGAGAUCAUUCUAGCCUUGGGUAACUACAUGAACAGCAGCAAGAGAGGCUGUGUCUAUGGAUUCAAGCUCCAGAGUUUGGAUCUGCUGCUGGACACUAAGUCUACAGACAGGAAGAUGACCCUGCUGCACUACAUCGCCCUCAUCGUAAAGGAGAAGUACCCUGAGCUGGCUAACUUCUUCAACGAGAUGCACUUUGUGGACAAAGCCGCUGCAGUGUCCCUGGAGAAUGUCCUGCUAGACGUGCGGGAGCUGGGGAAGGGCAUGGACCUGAUCAGGAGAGAGUGCAGUCUGCAUGACCACGCCGUCCUCAAGAGCUUCCUGCAGACCAGCGACACGCAGCUCGACAAGCUGCAGAAGGACGCCAAGACAGCCGAGGAGGCGUAUAACAACGUUGUGCACUACUUUGGGGAGAGUCCCAAGACCACGCCCCCAUCUGUCUUCUUCCCCGUAUUCGUACGAUUCCUCAAGGCAUACAAGGAUGCGGUGACGGAUAAUGACCAGAGGAAGAAGCAGGAGCAGGCUCUACGAGAGAAGCUGGCAGCACAGGAGGCCAAAGAACAGAACCCCAAGGUCCAGGCCCAGAAGAAGCAGCGGCAGCAGCAGGAGCUGAUUGCGGAGCUGCGGCGCCGGCAGGCCAAGGACCACCGGCCCGUCUACGAGGGCAAGGAUGGCACCAUCGAGGACAUCAUCACAGACCUCCGAAGCCAGCCCUUCCUGCGAGCUGACGCGGUGAUCCGGAAUGGGUGGAAGCGACCUUAAGCACCCUAAAACCUCGUCUGCCCUCCUCUUCCUCCUCUCCGCCCCCAGAAACGGGUGGAAGAAUCCUAAACACCCUUGUCUGACCUCCUCCUCUCCACCCCUGAAAUGGGUGGAGGAACCCAAAAAUCGUAUCCUGGCAGCACCCUAAAACUCUCGUCUGCCCUCCUGUCCUCCCCUCUCUCAUCCUUCUCGACCUCCUCCGCAUCCUUCCUUUACCUCUGAAAGCUCCCGUGUGCACCCCACAACCCUUUCCGCCCCCAUCCCCAUCCCCAUCCCAAUCCCCAUCAGGAGCGGCCCCUUCCUCCCUGCAGAGUAUAUGAAGAAGACAGAAGCGUUGUGAUGAGGGGUUAAUCGCUUUGUUUGUAAGGGUUUUUUGGGGGUCAAUUUCUUUCAUUUUCAUUUUCAUUUUGGUUUGUUUGUUUGUUUCUUUUAUUUAUUUUCGGAUUAAGUUCCUGAACAGACUCUGCACUGGAGGCUCUCUUUCUCCUCAUCUGCCUACUAACGGACCAGCACACAAACAGACAAACAAGCAAAGCAACAAGCACACACGGAGAAUACUAGAGUACAGCUGGACAACCACCUCUUCCCUGCACACACACACACACACACACACACACACACACACACACACACACACACACACACACACACACACACACACACACACACACACACACACACACACACACACACACACACCCAAAUGAAACACACAAAAGUGUGUGUGUGAGUCUGACUUUGAGUUUGCUAACACAGGAAAGAGGAGCCUCAGUGCUGUGGGAACUACGUGAAUGGAGUACAUCUCACAUCCUGAACGCCCAAGAGGAAAUGCCCACAAAAACUCUUAGACAUUGUUUGUGUAUGUGUGCGCACGUUAGAGACUCUAUGUGUGUGUAUGUAUGUGUGUGUGUGUGUGUGUGUGUGUGUGUGUGUGUGUGUGUCUGUGUGUCUGUCUGUGUCUGUGUCUGAGACGACCCUGAAGUGCCUGUCAGCAAAAGUCCCGUUUCCACUGACAUGGAUUUCCUCAUAUUGUGCAAUCCAAACAGAACUGUGCCUCUCUCCGUGUACAGGACAGGACGGGAGGGUAGUAAAUUCACGUAUCACAGAGAGCUCAAUAGGCAGAGAAAAAACUGCUAACUGAAUGAAUUGCCAUAUUGGAAAGGGAUGUGUCUCUACAAGGAUCGUCAGGAAACAGCCGCCCAUAACAGUGGAUUCAAUACUGGUUUGUUGAAGGGGCUAAGCUAGUCAAACCAAACCUCCUUUUUUUAUUUUUUAUUAUUGUUGUUGUCCUUUUCUUUUAGCGACAAAAAGAAGUGCCUUGCAAUUGUGACAGUAUUAUUUCUUUAAAAAUAUGUCAUUGUUUUAACAGUCUUAAAGUACAAAAAAUAUUAUGUGCUUUGUAUAAUAACGAUGCUUAAAAGCGCUGUAUAUAUAUUAUGCAAGUCCGAAAGUUUGAGUAGAAUCUUAAAUUAGACAACAUGAUGUACAUUCCUGCUGUCCAUUGUGAGUCUUAAUCAAAGGGCAUAAUUACAGUAUCAAAUGUCUGCUUCUUGCAUGGUUUGAAAACAGAAAAGUCUUACAGUAUGCAAGUAAGUCUUACAGUAAGCAAAUGUCCAACGGGGACUGCACAAAACCUGAGGACAGAGGACUCAGCAGUCGCACACAUGUCCCCCUGUGAGAUAAACUCUAUGUCCUGUGGGUGUAUUCCAAGAAGAUAGGUCAACUUAAGCUGGAGGUAGAGGGAAAUCAGCUAAGAAAAGCCUGAGCCUGAUGUCCUCAUUUUUCAUAACUAUGACUCAUGCAGGCGAUCUAUUAGCAGAUUUCCGCUUUCUGUAGGUUAACUUAGCCAGGUUAUGUCAUUCAUGUAGCGGUCAUGUGUCCGCAUUCUUAGAAUAUGAGCACCCCACGCUCGCUCUCUCUCUCUCACACACGCAACACACACACACACACCUGAAAUUCUGUGCCUUGUUCCGCCCGUGCUGCUUCAUGUCCUGAUUCCCCCCCAGUCCCCCCCCCCCCCCACCCCAACCCUCAAUAUGAGGAUAACCCGCCUGAACUCCCACAGUUCAGUGGAUAAUCAAGAGUUAAAGGUGGCCGAAUGAAUUGGAACUGACAACGUUCUUUGUUUUGGUUUGUGUAUUCUUCAUCAGUUUAGAUUUACACACAAACAAGGGGGAACUGAUUGCAUGGCAUGUCAUGAUAUGCCCCAUGUUAUUCUGAUAAUUGAUUAAUGGAAGAACACAUUUUACAGACGUGUAGUAAUCAAUAAAACCAAGUUAUGACACGGCUAAUAUGGACAGCCUCCUCAGUAGAAGUGGACAGUAAUUAUGCUGGGGAUGGUUCCCAUGAAGCCUUUCUGACACAAUGUCUGUAAACUGCUAUCCAUUGUCCUUUUAUGUUGUCUUCUGCUGAGAAGUGGCAGAGCAUUAAGGUCAUUGUAUGGCUACAUCCAUUUUACUCUAUCGAAGGCUUUCUCCUGAUCAUAGGGCCAUUAAAGACUCUCUAGGUGAUUUAAAGCUGAUACAGGAACUUAAUGUUGACAAAAACAACCAGAAUGUAAGAAAUAUAUCAAUGUUCUCCCUGAAACAAACUUGUGUUCAUAUUUUGUGUCAAAAGGGACAUCACACUACUUGUAUUGAGUCAUUGUUUUUGAGGAAAUAUAAAUUAUGCAACACUACCCUAUUGGUAGGGAAUUCCUAGACCUGUAUCUUAUUUUUCAUGUAAAUUCAUAUCAGAAUUUGGAAAGACAUUUUUUAUUAUUUCUUGAAAGACAAAAAAAUUGAGCCUGAUUUGUGAUGCAUGUUAUCUUGGAGAUGACAAUAAAAUUUAACUGAACGCCUGAGCUGUAAAUGUCUUACUUUGCUGUGUAAUCAUAUGCUCUAAUCUUACUUUGAAGUGCAAUUUUGUCAAGAUGGUCAGAAAGCAACCAUCAGAGAUAAUAUAAAUACUUAAAGGGACACUGUGCAGGAAAUGGUCAAAAACGGUACUGCAACUAUGCUGCUCAUUGAAAAUGGGCUGAAUAUUGCCAAAUAAACAAAUAUUUCCUAGUGUGGUCCAAGUAGAGUCAUUUUUGCAGCUAAAAAUGGCUAUUUUUGGAAAUUCAAAAUGGCGGACCAUGGAGAAGAUCCCCCUUUU